AUGGAGGGCUUGCAGGAAACUGCUGCUGAGCAGCACAACCGGGUAAACGGCUACCGCCAGCCAUGUUCACCACCGGAUACAGCCGAUGUCAGGUGGCCAACAUCCCAGGAUGAAUCCCAGGGCUCGGACAGCUGCGAGGGCGCGAGUGCAUCGGAACACGCGGAUCUGGAUGAGUCUAAAGGCCCCAAGAGCAACGGUGAGGACAAGGAGGAGCUAGAGGUUGCUUCCGGUGAGCGGGAGAGAAGAGAGAGUGCGGAAGAAAACAAUCACAGCAGUGCAGCAUCUAGCUACACCGCAGACCUUUCCCACACGCCGUCGCCUUCGCUGUCCGAGCAGCUGCGUCUGGGCAAAGAAGACAGCACAACAUCUGGUAUCAGCGUGGAGUGUAAAGUUUGCGGGGACAAGGCAUCGGGCUUCCAUUACGGCGUACACGCUUGCGAGGGUUGUAAGGGCUUUUUUAGAAGAACUGUGCGCAUGAAAUUGGAAUAUGAGCGCUGUGAACGUUCCUGCAAAAUUCAGAAGAAGAAUCGCAACAAGUGCCAAUAUUGUCGUUUCCAGAAGUGCCUUUCUUUGGGGAUGUCUCACGAUGCGAUCAGAUAUGGCCGCAUGCCCGAGGCAGAGAGAAAGAAGUUGGUGGCGGGCCUGCUUGCAGAGGAGCUUAACCUCAGCAAACCGGGUGGCUCUGACUUGAAGACCUUGGCUAAGCAAGUCAACACAGCCUACUUGAAGAACCUCAGUAUGACAAAAAAGAGGGCCCGCAGCAUCCUGACGGGCAAGACCAGCAGCACUGCGCCAUUUGUGAUCUACGACGUGGACACGCUCUGGAAGGCCGAGAGUGGUUUGGUGUGGAGCCAAUUGCUUCCAGGCGCUCCCCUGACCAAGGAGAUCGGGGUGCACGUAUUCUACCGCUGUCAGUGCACCACAGUUGAGACGGUGCGUGAGCUCACCGAAUUUGCCAAGAGCAUUCCAGGGUUUGUCGACCUCUUCCUGAAUGACCAGGUGACGUUGCUGAAAUACGGUGUCCACGAGGCUAUUUUUGCAAUGUUGCCAUCUCUUAUGAACAAAGAUGGACUCCUGGUGGCCAAUGGUAAAGGCUUUGUGACCAGGGAAUUCCUUCGCAGCUUGAGAAAGCCCUUUAGUGAAAUUAUGGAACCCAAGUUUGAGUUUGCGGUCAAGUUCAAUGCUCUGGAAUUGGACGACAGUGACCUGGCUCUCUUUGUAGCCGCCAUCAUCCUGUGUGGAGAUCGCCCCGGUUUGAUGAAUGUGAAGCAGGUGGAGCAGAGCCAGGACAACAUUCUGCAGGCCCUGGACCUCCACCUGCAGGCGAACCACUCAGACUCAGUCUACCUCUUCCCCAAGCUGCUGCAGAAGAUGGCUGACCUUCGCCAGUUGGUCACGGAGAAUGCUCAGCUUGUUCAGAAGAUUAAAAAGACAGAGUCAGAGACCUCGCUUCACCCUCUUCUGCAGGAGAUCUAUAAAGACAUGUAUUAA